AUGAAGUUAUCCAAGGCCGCAAGAAUAAUUUUGGUUGGAGCGCCAGGAGUUGGGAAAGGCACUCAAGCUGAGCGUCUUCUUCAAAGAUUCCCACAACUUUCUGCCAUCAGUUCUGGAGAUCUGCUCCGAGACAAUGUCAAGAAUCAAACUCCUCUCGGUAUCAAAGCCGCAAGCACAAUGAAGUCCGGUGCUCUCGUCCCCGAUGCAAUGAUCCUCCGUCUGAUCCUCCACGAACUCAAGACUCGAGGAUGGCUCUUCCCAGCCGGUCAACCACCCAUGAAUCUCAACUCUGUCUCUGCUACUGCCGUACAAGAAGACUUCGAUACCGAUUCAUACGUCGAGCAGCCCUCUCUCGCGAACAUCUCUCCCCCACCUCAAACAUCCGAUGAUCCCUCGGCAUCUUUUAUACUCGAUGGGUUUCCCCGAACUGCCGGACAAGCUACACAACUGGAUGCCUUAAUACCGAUCAAUCUCGUAGUGUCUCUCAAGACUCCGUUUGAGGUUAUCCUAGAGAGGAUUGCGGGGAGAUGGGUUCAUGCUCCUUCGGGACGGUCAUACAACACUACAUUCCAUGCACCGAAGGUACCAGGAAAAGACGAUUUGACUGGAGAACCCCUGACAAAGCGAGAGGACGACGAUGAGGAGACUUGGAAGGCACGAUUAGAGAAAUUCAAGGAGACGAGUGAGCCUCUGCUGGAGCAUUAUGCUAAGAAAGGCGUUUUAUGGGAAGUAGAGGGUAACAGCAGCGACGAGAUCAGUCCAAAGCUGUAUGAGGAGUUUGAGAAACGGUUCGCACUUGGUUCAUAG